AUAGUUCUGAAGGAACGGUCCCUAACAUGGUGAAAUCGUUAGUAAUUUUGAUACUUUUCGUUUUUGGAGUCGUCGCAUCCAAAGAAGAUGUCCCAUCCUCGAGGGUAGCUGGUGGAGCUGAAACCUUUCCCGGUCAGUUCCCAUACGUCGUUAGCAUCGACUCACCCUACAAUCUUCACUGCGGUGGGACAAUUCUAAAUCGGCAGCAUGUCUUGACCACCGGUUAUUGCGUGAUGCACCCGGUAUCCUUCACACUAGUUAAUCCGUUCUGGUUACGAGUCAUUGCGGGAGACGUGAACUUGGUAUCCCCAUCGAUACGUCGUGAAGUUCGGAACGUCACCCAUAUCUUCGUUCACCCAAAUUACAACCUACUAACCGGAAACAACGAUCUAGCCGUAAUGCGUCUGCACACCCCGCUUCCGGAGUUCCACAACACCAUCGAACCAGCGUCCAUCAACAGACGGCUUCUAUCCGAUAACACCAUGUGCCAGUACGCUGGCUGGGGUGCCCUGUCCAAUACUGCUCCCAAUGUUCUUUUUCCAAGGCAACAUUUCAUAAACGUUCCAAUUCUUCCGACAGAGCAGUGUAACGCGCCAAAUGUUCACGGAAAUCGGGUCCUGCCGACGAUGUUCUGUGCCGGUUCGAUCACGACCAAUCCGAAUACCGUCUGUCAUGGGAAUAUCGGAGGCGGGCUGUUCUGCAAUGAUCAGCUGACCGGGGUGCUGGUCUUUGGGUUGGCCUGUGGAACGGCCAAUCAACCGGGAGUCUAUAUGGAUGUGAGGCAGUAUCGGGAGUGGAUCGAUUUGCAAUUUGACCGAACCGAUAAUCCACCACCCGGUUGGAGCCCUCCGAUGCCAACGAACUGAGUGAUAUUGCAUUCAACUGUAAUUUGAUUAACUUUGAAGAUCGAUUUAAAUCUAUAUAUAUAAAAAUGAAUGUUUGUCUGUCUGUCUGUUACCUAUAGACUCGGAAACUACUGAACCGAUCAUCGUGAAACUUGGCAUCUGAGGGUUUUUGGGGCCGGGGAUGGUUUCUGUAAUAGUCAAAACUCCGUCCGAUUUAAGGGAGUGGGGGCUUCCAUACAAAGUUU